AUGACAGAUUUUGCUAGAAUCAGCACUGUACAGCAGUGGUGUAAACAUUUUGCCUGCAUCCCUCAGGUUAUCAAAUCCUUCACAUUUUGGGCCGGCGGUCUUGCUGGUGUGGUGUCUGCUGCUGCCACCCACCAGCUGGACGUAGCAAAGACGCUGCGGCAUGUGGGCAAAUCAAUGCCCGAGAAGUUCUCGGAUUACUUUGUUGGAAUGGCCAUGGGCUCCUUUGCUCAAGGCUUCCGUUUUGCUGUCACCUUGAUUCUCAACAUGACUUUGCAGAUGCUUGGAAACGCCUGGACAAGUGGCAAAAAGAUGCAGAGAGAAGAGCCGGACGAUGCGACUUGGCAAGGCAUUACAGCUUGGUUUUCCAUCAGCAUGCUGGCAGCUGGGAUUGGCGAGUUCCUGGCCAAUCCUCCAGUUGUGAUUAAGAACUACCAGCCAGAGACCUACGUUGGCAUGGGUGUGCUGCGGAAAUCCCUUGCCAAUGGGGUCAGAGACUUGGAGAUCGGCCCCACCAAAGCCAUCCUUGGCGUUGCAUUUCCCCAGUUGCAGACGAACAAGGUGAUGCUGAGCUUUUGUGCUGGCAGCUUGACCGGAAGCUUCGCAGAAGUCAUCACCAAUCCACCGGACCAGGUGAAGACGAUGACGCAAGCGGGUGUGCCUUUCUUUGAAGCGGUCAGCCUGGCUAUGAGACACCCCUUCCGGGGUGCCGGUUUUGCCGGCUUGCGAAAGGCAGGGCUACCCGUUUAA